GCGGAAAAGCGUCGGCAUGGGUUUGUAGAGUGGGAGAGAGCCGCGCGUGUACUCUCAGACCAGUCAGUGGCUUCAUGGAGUUAUGCACCUCUGAUGCACCGCCAUGGAUUGCAAUUCGCGAUCGCACUUUUUCAUGUUACCUCUUUUACUGUCUUUCGUGCUUCCAGCUUUCACCAUCGUUUACCCUCCAAAUGAAGUGAACCUGUUAGAUUCUAAAGCAAGCCAAGGAGAGUUAGGAUGGAUUUCCUACCCGUCACAUGGGUGGGAGGAAAUCAGUGGGGUGGAUGAGCAUUAUACACCCAUCCGGACUUUCCAAGUGUGCAACGUAAUGGAGUACAGCCAGAACAACUGGCUUCGCACCAACUGGAUCCCUCGUCAGUCAGCCCAGAAGAUCUACGUUGAACUGAAGUUCACACUGAGGGACUGCAACUCCAUCCCAUUAGUUCUGGGCACAUGCAAGGAGACCUUCAACCUUCUCUACUUGGAGACCGAUGAAGACCAAGGUAGUCACUUCCGAGAACACCAAUUCUCCAAGAUUGACACCAUAGCUGCGGAUGAAAGUUUCACUCAAAUGGACCUUGGCGACCGCAUCCUCAAACUCAACACUGAAGUGCGUGAAGUGGGCCCACUGACCAAGAAGGGCUUCUACCUGGCAUUCCAGGAUGUGGGUGCCUGCGUCGCUUUGGUCUCUGUGAGGGUUUACUUUAAAAAGUGCCCAAACACAGUGAAGAAUCUGGCCUCCUUCCCUGACACGGUGCCAGUGGACUCCCAGUCACUGGUUGAGGUGAAAGGUUUAUGCGUCAAUAACUCAAAAGAGGAGGAACCUCCGCGAAUGUACUGCAGCACAGAGGGCGAGUGGCUCGUGCCCAUUGGAAAGUGUCUGUGCAACGCUGGCUACGAAGAAAGGAGCAGCACCUGCCAAAUGUGCAGGGGUGGCUUUUACAAGUCAACACUGGGAAACGUGGAGUGCUCCAAGUGUCCGCCUCAUAGUUACACUCACCAUGAAGGGUCAUUGCAUUGCGGAUGUGAGAAAAACUACUUCCGUGCCGAGGGAGACCCAGCCUCCAUGGCCUGCACACGCCCUCCCUCCGCUCCUCGUAACGUUAUCUCCUCCAUCAACGAGACCUCCGUUAUCCUAGACUGGAGCUGGCCAGAAGACACAGGUGGCCGCAGGGACCUCACCUUUAUUGUCCUCUGCAAACGAUGCCGGGCCGCAGCCGCAAAUGGAAGUAAUGGUGGCAGCCCGCGAUGUGAGCCCUGCCGAAGCAACGUCCGCUUUCUUCCAAGGGCCACGGGCCUCCAAAACACAACCGUGACAGUAGGAGACCUGCUAGCUCACACCAACUACACGUUUGAGAUUGAGGCACAGAAUGGAGUCUCGUCACUGGCGCCCAAGAUGAGGCAGUAUGCCGCUGUCACCAUUACUACCAAUCAAGCCGCUCCCUCUCCAGUAAUAGUGAUCAAAAAGGAGAAGACAUCACGGAAUAGUGUUUCCUUGUCUUGGCUGGAGCCAGAGAGGCCGAACGGCAUUAUUCUUGACUACGAGAUCAAAUACUAUGAAAAGGAGGAGCAAGAGACCAGCUACACAAUCCUUCGGGCCCGGGGUUGUAACGUGACUCUGAAUGGUCUUAAGGCCAAUACUGCCUACCUACUGCAGAUCAGAGCCCGCACAGCUGCUGGCUACGGAGCCAGCAGUCCCAGUUUUCAGUUUGAGACCAGUCCUGACUCAGCCUUUUCCAUCUCCAGUGAGAGUAGCCAGGUUGUUCUAAUUGCGAUUUCGUCAGCAGUGGCCAUCAUCCUGCUCACUGUGCUGCUCUAUGUCUUGAUUGGCAGGUUUUGUUGCCACAGCAAAUCCAAACAUCCUGAUGAGAAAAGACUGCACUUUGGCAAUGGCCACCUGCGUCUGCCAGGUAUUAAGACCUACGUGGAUCCCCACACAUAUGAGGACCCAAGCCAAGCCGUGCAUGAGUUUGCAAAGGAGCUGGAUGCCUCCUGCAUAGCCAUUGAUAAAGUGGUGGGAGCAGGUGAGUUUGGUGAGGUGUGUAGCGGUCGUCUGAAGCUACCCAGCAAGAAGGAGAUCUGUGUGGCCAUCAAGACUCUUAAAGGGGGAUACACGGACAAGCAGAGGCGGGACUUUCUUGCUGAAGCGUCAAUCAUGGGACAGUUUGACCACCCCAACAUCAUCAGGCUGGAGGGUGUUGUGACACGCAGUAAGCCUGUCAUGAUUGUCACAGAGUACAUGGAGAAUGGUUCACUGGACAGCUUUUUAAGGAAACACGACGCCCAGUUCACUGGAAUUCAGUUGGUCGGCAUGCUGCGUGGCAUCGCCUCAGGCAUGAAGUAUCUGUCAGACAUGGGCUACGUUCACAGAGACCUCGCCGCACGAAACAUCUUAGUCAACAGUAACCUGGUGUGUAAAGUGUCAGACUUCGGCUUGUCGAGGGUCCUGGAGGACGACCCCGAGGCUGCUUACACCACACGGGGAGGUAAGAUCCCUAUCCGGUGGACAGCUCCAGAGGCAAUUGCUUACAGGAAGUUUACAUCAUCGAGCGAUGCUUGGAGUUAUGGCAUUGUGCUCUGGGAAGUAAUGUCGUAUGGGGAACGGCCUUACUGGGAGAUGUCCAAUCAAGACGUAAUAAAGGCUGUCGAUGAGGGCUACCGCCUUCCCCCACCCAUGGACUGCCCCGCUACGCUUUAUCAGCUGAUGCUUGACUGCUGGCAGAAGGAAAGGAACAACCGGCCCAAGUUUGAACAGAUAGUCAGCAUCCUGGACAAACUCAUACGCAACCCCGGUAGUCUGAAAAUUACAGCCAACACCACAUCAAGGCCAGCCAACAUGUUGCUGGAUAGAAGUAGUUCAGAGGUUCCCUCAGUGGGGACGAUGGGUGACUGGAUGGAUGGAAUGAGGACCUUGCCCUGUAAUGAGGCCUUCUCUGGGGUCAGCUACAGCUCCUGUGAUACCCUGGCCAAGACUUCCACAGAUAGAGUGAUUCUGACAGAGGUCCACGUCACACCAGCAACUUGCCCAGAAUGGGAGCCGUCCAUGGGGAUCACCACUCUCUAACACGCAGUUCCUCUCCUUUUGAUUCCUCGGACUCUGGAUGGGAUUUGAAAAAGGUUGGAGUGACAAUUGCAGGACCUCAGAAGAAGAUCGUGAGCAGCCUCAAAGCCCUCGAAUCUCACACCAAGAACGGUCCAGUACCUGUUUAAAAAGAAGAGGCCAACAGAGGAAAACCACCCCGUUGGUGCAUCAGCAGAUUGUUGGAGCUAAUUGCUUGCUAUGACACACUGUGUAUCCAUAGUGACGAUGGCACAUGACUCAUAGGGAAUUCAAGAAAUAAGGGGCUUUUAUUUGACGCAUAAAGUCUUGGCAGAGAAAUGGGAAGAGCCCAGAAUAGCAAACCUGGCUGACUGCUCCCCGUUGUCCCGUGAUCCAGCUGAGAUGCCUUACAGACACAAAGAGUGGCUCAGGGUUGGGUUUUAACGAUGCAUAUGAGAACUAAAACAGCCGAGCAGAACUGGUCAGGGAUAGAGACAAGUUGGCUGGACUGGGAUAAAAGGGCGAACAAAGGUCAAAGCAGCAGCUCCAAGUAGCAGUCCAGGCGGGCGGAGCUUCCGUCCAUAUCCUGUCGGCCUGGGGUGCUUGGUGGCUCCUCCUAACAGAGCUGGUCGGCCACCUGUGCAGAGCACGACAACGGCGUGGCUCAACUGCCCUGUGUGACACUUCAUGGAAGACGGCAGCAGCAUCUGAUCCAGUGUGGACCCUUCCUGGACUGAUGAAGUCUUGAGAUUCUUUUGCAACUACCCACGGAUGAAAGCAAAUCUGUUGUGAUCUUUUGGAUUCCGUAGACCUGUCACAUAAAAGCAAUAAUUAUGAUAGUCAGAGAUGAGCGUGCAUCGUUCGAAAGCCAUAACCAUGCUACACUCCCAGUGGAUUGAACAGUAAGAAUUGAAGAAGCAGGAGCAAUAACAUACUUCACACUCUUUAUAUGACAAACGUAAGUUCAAUAUGAUACAAGCAGAUAUCGUGACGCUAUAGCGCUGUUCCUGCAACCCGGCAACCUUUUGUGUGAAAUCUCAGACCGCGCACGUUAUUUGAUCUAUAUUUUCUCUAACGCGGAAACAGAUGAAGUGAACAGAGCGAACCCAAGCAGGAAAAAUUGAGAGUACACGGUAAGAGAGACGAGAGUGAGAAAUUGUUAAGUUGGAAAUGAGACGUAAAAGUAGCUGUGUUUUUCCACAACUCUCCUUCAGAUAAUAUUAUUGCUUAAUGGAGGUUUUGCACUCCAUGAGUAAUUGUACUCGAGUUUAUUUUUCUAGGAAAGAAAAGUUUCAUUCAGCAGAUCACAUUUUUGAGUGCGUAAAGAUGGGCAUGCAGUGAAAACAGUGAAAAUGACACUGAAAAUGUUGAGCCAAUUCUGAGUCGGGCAAUGUAGGAAUAUAGCGCCGUUUCUAGUCAGGUGGGGCCUCAUCGCACGAUAAUCUUGCUAUGCCGUGACUGUUUUCCUCGAGACUGUUACAAUUUGAUCUUGCAAAAGGUAGAUGAAUAGUCGGCUACGUACAAACCGCGUCAAAACCAAAUGACAAGGGAAGCUUAAUUAUUGUUAGCUUUGUUAUUAGCAUCAGUAUUUCUGCGAAUGAAAAGACAACGCUUUCCCUUGGUUUGUUUUGACAGUCUGCUACACUUUAAAAUGCACUCGCCUUACACCUACAGGACCGAAAUUGAACCACAAUGACCCCCAAAAUGUGCAAGUCAUGGCCUUUCAUCUAAGGCAAUGUGCUCACAGAGCGCACGUUAAAAUUCUGCACCGACAAUAAAUCCAACAGAGUAUGCCCGUCUUAAAUGGAGAGCAACACAGAAGUUCUGAUUGUGAUAUGAGAAUGCAUAAUGGUCUCCUGUCUUUAGUCUGACAACACGUCUAACAAAAGCCAAGGGAAUUCUGUACAGCAUUUCUCUUGAACGAGCUGACGAUCCGGGGGGAGGUGGGUGGGGGAUGUUGAGUGCCUCAUGUGGUUGGGUCACGGUGGGAUCACCUUGCAAACACUCCUGUUUUAGUUUAACCUGAUAGGAUUUUGCACCACCACCAUAUACAAAGUGGGAAGUUUUCCUUCAAACUGCGAAUAUGAGAUCCAAAUACACAUGUCCAGAAAGGGAUUCCCUGAAUGCACCCUAGAUUUGGAUGGCCCACAGUAUCGAGGUACAUCCGCAUGGAUUCUGGUCUGUGAGUCGUGACCAAUAUUAUGAACUGCUACUACUCAAUACUUUUGGAUGAGAAACGUUCAACUACAAGGGUGCACUCGAAAUGCACUUAGUACACAAUGUGUCAGCACUUUCCUUGACCUAGGAAUUUUUAUUGGCUUGGCUGGAGAUUAAAUUGAACCAAUGAACAGAAGAAGACGUUUGUGCUUUUUGGGAAAAGCCAGAUCUGUUCAUGGUAUCGGUAUAGCCAGUGUUCGACCUGUGGAUGCUGCUGUUGCUGCUAUGUGAUCUGUACAUAAUGUAAACCAUCAUAACGAUAUAGCAACUAGCCCGACAGAUUCUGCAAUAUGUUCAUGCCAUCCUUCUUUGUACAAAUUUUUGUAUGUAUAAAACAAAAAGGUUACAAAUUGUGCAGCAAUUUUAAUGAAAAAAAAAUCAAAAAGCAUCUGUAUUAUACUUUAUCUUGUUUUGAAUUGUAUUUGUCCGCCUGUUUUUAUUUUCUACAAUAAAAACGCAAUUGUUAUUACAUAAUUAUUUAUUUGUUAACAUUACACAGCACAUUGUUUUUUGUCGUCAUUUUUUUUGUUUGUUUGGUUUUUUUAAGCUUACAGUAAAUUAUAUGUCAGUGUUACCUGAGUUUUGUUUUUUGACUUAUUUUAUCAACCUGGGACAUCUGAGAGAGCAAUACUGUUAUACACUCCAUAUCCAGAAUCCUUCUUUUCUGUCUCAAGACUGACCUGCGUGUUUGUGUGAGUUUACGUGUUCGAACGUAGAUGGCCUUGUCAACUAAUGUAAAAGGAUUUGUAGUGGAAACAUUUAUAUUUUUAUAAUAAAUAUUCUCAAAAUAUUUUCCAAAAAA